GAAAAAGCAGAGAACAGAAGAGAGACGAAAGUAGGGCACACACGAAGGACAACAAUAAGAGAGCUGAUUUGAGUGCGAGAGAGUAUUACUGGUGGCAUCAUGGCUGAGGGAAUGCGUCGAGGCCGACGGCGUCGCAUUGAGCCAGCGCGCAUUCAGUACGGCGCCUGGGAUGAUCCGGGCGUGUCGCUGUUUGCGACCGUGCCGCAGGAGCCGGUGGGCGAUAUGCUGGGCCUGUUUAAGCCCCUGCCACGAGAAGGCCGGGACAGGGCCCUGGAGAUGGAUGCCUCGCCGCUGGUCUUGGCACCAACCAGCGCGACAAGUCGCCUCUAUCGUGAGGUCAAGUACCAGGUGCAGCAGAUAGCCGACGAUCGGAACAAGAACUACCAUCCCAUACAGGAGCGGGAGCGGCAGUCGGCCCUCAUCGCCGGCAUGCUGGCUAAGCGCAACAAUCGGGAGUUCGCCGAGGCGAUGCGGUCCAGGCAGCUGCAGAUCAAUUCGCAGAGGGUGCGCGAUCUGCAGAUCGAGAUCGAACGGGCCAAGACGACGCUGAGCGUGGUGAGCAAGCGCAACGAGAACAUGCGAAACAAGGGCAAGGAGCGGGUGGAGGAGCGCAGGGAGGCACUCGAGGACCGGGAGCAGGUGCGCAAAGAGAAGCUGGCCGAGCAGCAAGCCCUGCGGGAUAAGACGCUCGCAUACAGCCAACAGCUGGUGGCCCAGAUACGCAAGCUGCAGGCGGAACGGGCAGAAAAACAGAUGGCCGACCUGGAGGAGGGUCGACUGAAGCGCUACAACGACGAGCAGGCCCACGCCAACGAUCUGAAGGAGGGCAUCGAGAGCAAGUUUAGAAAGAGAACGGAGCUCAAGAAGAUGCUCGACGACUUCUCGGCGCUGCAGCGCAGCUUGCGGGAAGCGAAUCCGGUGCCACCGGACAAGCUCAAUGUGAUACUGAUGGAGGCAGUGGGCCCAGUCACCAAGAGCUUCAUGAGGAAGGCGAUUCAGCAGAAGCUGGACAUAUUGGAGCGACGGCGUCUCAUCAGUGACGGCCUUUCCGUUAAGCUGGCCGAGAUACGCGGCAAGAAGGAGGCCCACGACAAUAUGCUGGCCGACAUUUUGGUGUGUGAGCGGCAGGCACGCGAAAAGCAGAAGGCGCGCCAGGAGGUGCUGGACCGCCAUAACCAGAAGCUGCAGGUGGCCAAGGAUCUGAUUGAGCAGCACGAGGAGAAGGAGUUCUUCCGCGAAAAGAACGAGCUGCUCUUCAGCAAAAUACCCACGGAUGCCACCAGCUUUAUGCAGCGCCAAUAUCAACAGACCCUCGCCAAGGAGGCGGCCAGGCGCGAGAUCAAUCAGAAGGGCACCGCCGGCAGCGCCGCCGAAAUAGCGAACAACGCACGACUCCGCGCCCUGGCCAUCGAAGAGGACCGCAUGCUCAAGCAGGCCAUACUCGAUAUGGAGGCGGACACGGAACGUCGCAUCGAUGAGGAGCGCAUGCGCUUGCUGCGCGCCCAGCCGCGAGAGAUCAUCGACGAGGUGCGUCCUUGCAAGCUGACCAGCUUCGAGCGGAUGACCUUCAAUCUGCCAUCAUGCGCCAAAGACGAGGAUACUCACACCCACUAACUGACUCCAGAAUCAAUCCUGACUAACUGAAGUAACUAGAAAGAGCACCAGGAUUAGGCUUAGGUAGCUAAUUGAUUGGUUCAACUGGUUCCGUGUCCACACUCCACGAUUCACACAUCGACACUCGAAAACUAUAGAAAUGAUCCAGGCAGCCACUGCCAAUGCUGAUGCAUCAUUAACACACAAACGCAUAUACAUAUAUA